CGCGGGAGCUGUCCGGGUGCUGAAACACAAGCGAAUUGCAUUGAAACGCACUGAGGACAUGCUGUUUACGAUUCUUCACAUUCUCUGAACUCUACACAAAAGGCAGUACCAUGUUGUCACUACCGAAACUGUCUGCUGGAGGGGUGGCGGUCCUUUUUGCUUCUCUCCUCCAAACUCUAACCGUGGAGGGUGCAUCCAUGCGCCACCAUCGGCUGCGAGGCAGUGACCAGGGUGGUUAUCUCUCUCCCAGCGCCGAUAUGAUCAAAGCCUUGGAGUAUAUCGAAAGCUUGAAGCAGAGAGCUGACGGAUCAGAGAGCCCUACUGGGGACUAUGACGAGGUGGACAAAUUCCGUUUUCUAGUGCAGCUCGCCUCCCUACAGGAUGAGAACGCCCCCCAACAUGAGGACACGGCCCGUUGGCCCGACAACAAAAGGGUGCCACAGUGGGUGCAAUCUUUGCUUCGGAUGCUCGAGCAGGCUGGAGAGAGCCCAGCAAGCCAGCCUAGCAAUGAGCGGCGCACUCACAAGAGCAGGCGCCCGGUGGGGGAUGCGGAGAGCCCCGUUGGAGACUACGGUGGCUUUGUGAAGCCCCACAAGAAGUAUCCGUUGAUGUUUGAGGAUGAUGAAAACAGCAGAGACAACAAGCGAGCAACGGAGGAUUUGGAUGAGCAGUACACCCCUCAGAGCCUCGCCAACAUGCGCUCCAUAUUCGAAGAGCUUGGUAAACUGUCAGCCGCACAGAGCAAGCGAGAAAAUCAGGAUGAUGAAGAUGGUGAGGAUGAUGACGAUCUGUACAGGGUCCGAAAUCUGGCGUACGAGGACGUGACCGGAGGGGAGGAGUGGGUGCCGCUAGAGGAGCAGAUGGACACAGAGGAAGUUGUUAAAGGUAGCCACGAAGAAUAUGAACGAGGACUAGCAGAUAAUGGUGAACCAGGUGAGGUCAUAGAGAGGCGAGCUGGCCAAGCCGAUGAAGAUCAGGAGAAUCCAGAUGAUGACACGAAACUCGUGGAUUACUACCUGUUGAAGGUCUUGGAGAUGUCUGACCAAGCCCAAAAACGAGACCUGAUGGAAGGAAGGAGGCGUCUUCAACCCCGACCCUCUCUAAUUGACCCAAGGGCUAUUAAACAACUGCUCUCAGCUAUUUCAGUGAAGCUCCAAGUGCCUCCUGAAGACCUGGUUGGAAUGUUGUUCAUGGAGGAAACCAGAAAACAACAGCGCCUUCCUGAGAUCCCGCUGGCUAGGAAGCCCAGCCAACCUCAGUAUAAGAGCCGGGUCAUCAAGUACUACAACGGCCGUCAGCCAGAAGUAACAGUAAGCGACAUCCCCCAUGAUGUCAAGACCGAAGAUAUAUUAAAAGUCCUUGGGUUGGGGAGUCUGGCCAACAAAAAUGCUAAAUUAUCUCUCCUAAAGCAAAGGCCGUACAAAACAGCCAUGGCAAAUUACUUCAACCCAAGUGGAAGACGGGGAAGCUUAUUUUUGUCUGAAUUAAACAAAGCUCCAAGCAAAAGAAAAGAUGACUAUAAUGAUGACGCAGUAGAUGAGGAUGAAGAGUCGACCUUCCUUGCAGCCAAACUCCUGACCGAGUACCCCGACACCAGCUCCAGCAAUCGCAAACGAGCCAUCGAUUCCACCGCAAAUGGACAGCUGCCUUAUGAGUUAUACGAGGAGGCCAUGAAAGAUUUCUUUGAUCAGGUUGAUAAUGGGAAAAGCACGCCUGCCAAAAGAGACACCCAGGGGAAAGAGGAGCCAGAGUCCCCACAAAAGCCACCCACUCAAGAGCCUGUAGACCAAACCCCUGCUGUCUCCAAAACAGAAGACGCAAAAGAGUACUAUGGGAAAAUGGUUGCAGGAAUGUGAAUGGUUGUUUUUUCUCCCCCACUCGUAUCCCAACAAGUCCCGCUCCCUUGGCUAUUUGAACGAUUUCUGAACAGUCCAAAUCGCAAACUGCUUAUAAGAAGCCCCUAUUAGCCAAUCCUGCUGCAAAAGGGACUUGUUGGAAUACGGUUGGAGACAAAAAAAAUAAUGCUUAUCCAUUGGACAUGCCUAUAUCUCCUCAAAAGUAACCAAUGUUUAAAGUGCUUUAGUUUUCUUGGAAUUCUAUAUUAUGUAAAUAUAUAUGGUAUAUCAUUGUGUGGAGUUUUAAGUGUAUUAUAUCUGUAAUUUAUGAAUUGGUGGUCCUCAAAAUGUUUUCUUGUUCCUUUUUCAUUGGUAUCAAGAGAAUGUUCCCGUGUAGUCCUACGACUCCGCUUGCUGCAAUCUUUAAAGGCUAUUUCAUUAUUAAACCAAUAAAGAUGGAUGUGAUUCUCAUUUAUAAAUCAUUUUGUACGUGUUCUAAAGUGUGAGAAGAGAAACACAAAUAAAGCAUUA